AUGGUGUUCUUGUGCUCAUGUGGGGGUUUGAUAUGGGUGAACAGAGUUCACGUUUGUGGAACUAUUAGGUGUUCUUGUGGUGGGAUGAAAUAUGAAGGCAGGGGUCAUUGUUGUGGCUACGUACCAGAUUAUUCAAAACCACCAACUAAUUGGGAACUUUACAUGGGUUACAGAAGUUGGGAUGAAUGGAUAGGAUCUCCAACAUGGGGAAAACGAAGCCCUAGCUUAUUCGGAACCAAGAAUCAAGAUACAAGAAUUCUAAAUACUUCAUCAUCCAUGGAAGAGAUCAAGAACUUCCAACAAACAGGUUCAUUUGAAGAUUAUUGUAACACAAUUGAUUUCCUUCUUACCAAAGUAAUUCUUAGUGAGGAUUAUGCUACAGAAUUAUUUGUGAGGGGUCUCAAAUCUGAAAUUAGGAGUUGGGUUCAAUUCUUGAGACCUAAAACACUUGAAGAGGCUUAUAAAAAGGCAAAGGUACAAGAUGAUUUCCUUAACAUUUGCCUUCGCAAUAAAGAAUUAAAAAAAGUAGAAGGUCAAUCUUUUAGUGCAAAUAGUGAUGAAAAGUUUAGCGAAAUUGAGAUUCAAACUGUUGUUGAAUCUGAAAAUGGGGUUAGGGUUCAAGAAACCAUUGAUCAAAAUGUCAUGAUUGAAAAUGAAAUUGAUUCUUUAAAUCAAGUUUUAAGUACUCAACAAACAAUUAAAGAUGAAUCCAUUCAAGAUGAGUGUAGUGAAGAUAAUUUGUAUGGUGAAAUGUCCAAAGAGGUUGGGAAUAAAAUUCAAGAAUUAAGUGAUGGUGACGAUUCAAAAGAACAGAAAGGAAAGCAUAACGAUGAGGAUUACAUUGAUCUUGGUGAUGAUGAUAUCGCCAAUGAAUGUGUUCCUUUUUGUAAUAAUCUUUGUAAAGAUACAGCUGAAAAUGAUCCUGCGACAAUCAAGAAAAAUUUAGAACCUGAAAUUCUACGUUGUAUAUCAGAUUUAGAUCAAGAAAACAAAAAAAUGAAGUGUAGGACACCUUGCUGGAAUUUGCAAAUGCACCUCCUGUUAGACUACCAUGUUAAAGUUGAUUUGCAGGUUCCGAGUUAGUGUUGGCCGGCCAUUCGCAUCAGAAGUUUGAUAGCGGGGGUUUAAUUUGAUUGGGUUUUUCUCGCUUAAAAUAGGAAUUGCAGAAACGAAGACACUGAUGUAUGCAUCAGAAAUGGGGAUUUCAAUUUAUUAGUAAUGUAUACAUCUAAAUUACGAAUUUUCUCAACCCAUUGUAAGCUUCAACUUUCAGAUUUUGUUUCAGAUGAAUGUUUUUGUUAACACUUAUACUGAGAUAGUAAUGAAAUAUAUUUGCUACA